AUGCGAUAUUUCAUCUAUUUUAGUCACAGCCUGUGGAUGCUUCUAUUUGUUUUCAACACUGAAGCUACUCUGGAUUACAGGGGUUCAUCUAGAAGAGCCAGAGAUGCAAGCAUACCUGUGUCCGUCAACUGUAAGCUGGGCAGCUGGUCAUCUUGGAGUCCAUGCAACUCUUGUACAGACAAAAGUUUUCGCGCUCGGCGUUUGGAGAAGCCCUCACAGUUCGGAGGCGGUCGGUGCUUUGAGACGCUGUGGGAAAAACAAAGAUGCCCUGACGCAGACGCGCCAUGCAUGGUCACAGACUACUGCGGAGACACAUUUACAUGCAUCAGCUCAGGGCGGUGUCUUGACAACUCUCUUCGCUGUAAUGAUGCGAGAGAUUGUUAUGACGACUCUGAUGAAGAUAAUUGUGUAGAAACACAUCCAAGACAGGAUUAUUGUUCUACUCUGUUGUCUAUUCCUGGAGCAAGGGAUGGUAUUCAAGGAUACAACAGCUUGACAGGAGAAUUUGUAGACCCUGUACUUGACCCACACUAUUUUGGAGAAUCUUGUGAAUAUGUCUACAAUGGGGAAUGGAACAAAUUUACAUAUGAUGCUUUCUGUGAGAAACUGGGCUACAACACUGCAGAGAAAAACUUCAGGAAACCAUUCAACUAUCAUACUUACCAGUUUAUGGCGGAGGCCACUUCUGAUGGGACUUAUGAAUACUACAACGACUUGGCCAGUUUACUGAAUGCAAGGAAAACAUAUAACUCUGCUAACUUUGGUGUCUCUGUGGGCGUCAUGUACGUGGAAGUGGGAGUGAAGGCCAGUGUGGAGGCUGAGUUUCUAACCAACGUCACAAAGGAUAAAAGUCAGGAUCUUGGAUAUGUUCGUCUUUUUUCUAAAGUCCAAACCGCUCAUUUUAAGAUGAGGAGCAGAGACUUGAUGCUUCAGGAGGACAUGUUAUUGGCCUUGAUGGCUCUGCCUGAAGUGUACGAUUAUGGAAUGUACUCUCAGUUCAUUCAGACUUUCGGCACCCACUUUGUUACAGAAGGCGUGAUGGGAGGAACGCUGGAGAAUAUAGUGGUCAUCAACAAAGCCAAUACUGAAAAAUCAAUUUUAAACAGUCAUUUGAUUGGAGGUUGUAUAGGAGGUUCCAUUGGCAUAGCUGCUCCCAUCAAAGGAGCUGGAGAACUCGGCCUCACAUUAGACGGAAAAGAAUGUGCCAAAAAAGGAGGAGGGAGCAGAGACAGACGGGGCCAUAAAGUGGACAUUAAGGACAGCUUUUCUCUCGUAAAAGGUGGCAUUACGGUGUCUGCCGCUGGUGUUAUGGUCAUUAAGGAUCCAGAGACUUACAGAAAGUGGGGGGCAUCCCUCAGAUAUCAUCCAGAUCUUAUAGACUUUGAGGUCAUGCCCAUAUUUGAGCUUGUGCGGCGGAGUAGUUCAGUGGGACACGUGGGUCGGAGACUGGACCACCUGCAGACGGGAUUUGACGAAUACCUCCAGGAGUUUAACCCAUGUCGCUGUAAGCCCUGCCUCCACAGAGGGGUCCCCGUCCUGUCCGGGACGUCCUGCAGCUGCAUCUGUAAAGAGGGUUAUGAAGGAGAGGCCUGUGAAAAGACGUCCAGAGAGGACAGGAGAACGGAUGGGGUGUGGUCCUGCUGGGGCCCCUGGUCAGCCUGUGCGUCCAGCAGAAAAACACGGUCCCGAACGUGCACCAACCCUCCACCGACUCAAGGAGGACUCUCGUGCCUGGGAUCUUCCUCUCAGAGCAGAUUUUGUGAAUAA